CUGACGAAACAGUGAUUCGCACCGCGAACACCAAUGCUCUUGUCCGUUGAAUGGUUUCGGAGUUUGAAAAAAAAUCGACGCAUUCAUCCAGCCGUAUUAUGAUUGAGACAAUGACGUGGCCGGUGUUUCGUCCUAGCUGCCCGGAUUAAAAUAGGCAAGAAAUUGCUACAGCGGCGACCGUCGGUGGCGUUCCAUUUGAAAGGAAAAAUGUAAUGCUUCAACACACCCCGUACAGCACUCACUUCGGAUGAUGUAAACAGCUUUGGAUAAGCACUACACGCUGUUAACUAUGCCCCGCGGUUGCUGGGAAAUUGAAGGAAUCGGUGUGAAUACUGGCUAACUUCAGCGACCACCGUGUAACUUUAAUUGUUGGGAAAUCUCCACUUUUCGUCGGUGUGUUGGGAGCUUACACUCCACCCGUGCCAGUGGCAAGAUGGAUUUGUCUGCAGGACGGGCAUGGUGGUGGAUAUUAACGGUGUGUCUCACCUUGCUGUCCACAGGUCGUCAGCUACUCGCCACAGAAGAGCACACUAGGUUGUUUCAGACGCUGUUUAAUGCCAACUACAGCCAUUUAAUCCGGCCUGUGAAGAACCAUGACACGGUCACUGUGGUGGAAAUGCUACUCUUCCUUGCCCAGGUUAUUCAGCUGGAUGAGAGGAAACAGACGCUGAAGAUAAAUGCUUGGGUGACACUGCUGUGGGAGGACGAGUACUUAAAAUGGAACCCCGAGGAUUACAAUAAUCUGAAGAACAUCAAAGUCCCGUCGGAAAAUAUCUGGAUGCCUGAUGUCACACUGUACAACAACGCAGACAAGUACACCAACUGGCUCAAAGGCCAGAUAGCCGUGAUCGACUACAACGGCUCCAUAAUGUGGGGAUGUCCACAGAUCUUCACCACCUAUUGCAAGAUUGACAUCACUACUUUCCCGUUCGACGAGCAGAUUUGUAAGCUCAAGUUCGGGCUCUGGCAGCACGACGCUUCGGAAGUCGUGGUGGUCGGGGCGGAUAAACAAGUCAACGCGUCUACUUCAGAUAGCGGAGGUGAUGAGACUGUCUUCAAAAGUGACGGCCAGUGGGACAUGAUAAGCAUGGAGGUGCACAGUAAUAAGGUCGAGUACCCUGACGACCCCGGCAAAAACUAUACAGACGUGCAAUAUGAGGUUUUAUUUCGGCGACGGCCACUGUACUACCUCUUUAACCUAAUCAUCCCUUGCAUGUUCCUGUCGUUGGUGUCGCUGUUGACCUUUUUCCUACCGCCGGAGUCUGGCGAGAAGGUUAGCCUGGGCGUGACUGUGCUGCUGUCACUGACUGUCUUCUUGCUUCUGGUGGCGGAGACCAUGCCACCCACCAGCACAGUGCCAAUAAUAGGCCAAUACUUUGCCUGUACCAUGGUCUUGAUCUCCAUCUCCAUCGGCAUGUCCGUAACAGUCCUCAACAUGCAUCAUCGGGGACCAGACUGUAAACCCGUUCCUCCCUGGAUCAAGCGCUACAUCUUGAACGGCAUCGGGAAGGUGCUGUUGCCGUCGGAGAGUAGCCGCUCCAAGCGCCGACCCACCAUCGGUGACAAGCUGGCCCACGAGCUGCGCUCCUGGGAGACCAAGAGCCUAGUGGCAGAGGUCACGUCCAACUCCACCUCUUCCCGGUCCCGGAUCAUCUCCAACGGUUGCGGGGGUCCCAACAGCAACGGGUCCGACGACGCCGAUCAGGACAAGCCCUCCGGAGGAGGGGGAGGUGGCGGUGGAGACGGAGGGCUAGGAUCGGUCCGGGACUCACUCCAUCGGAACCGCUCGCUCUACCUGGCGCUGCUCCGUGAGAUGCAGAAGAUCACCUUCAGUAUCGAGGUCGAGAUGAAUUCCAGGCGGGUGCAGACGGAAUGGAAGCGCGUGGCCAUCGUACUGGACCGGUUGUUCUUUUUGAUAUGCCUUGUGGGGUCAGCUGGUACCUUCAUCGUAUUCUUUGUGCAAGUCUGAUCAGAUAGAAGCCAGAACUCCAGUUAAAAAUACUACCCCAAAUUGUGUAUCUAUAGCCCCAAGCUGGAAAUCAUAAUAAUGGUUUCGAAAAUCACAAUCGUUACGAAUCGUCUGCAAAAUUCUCCACCAUCUUCAGCGUGGCAUUGUGUGAAACUCUUAUGCAGCCAAACCCAUUGCUUUCAAGCGAUAUAUAACUCCUGGUUCGUCUCCUUUGGACCACUGGAGUUUUUUGCCAUGUCGACCCCCAUUUUAACGCCAAAACUGGAAAAAUAACCCGGAGUAAACUUCAAAUAACGAGCAGGUACUUCUUGCAGGACCGCCUGAUGGCGCAGUUCAUCCAGCUCUCAACGUUCACUGAGGGCGCAGUUCUCUUUUGUUGGUUGGUAAAUAAUUGAGACAGGUCCGACUGGAGUUUUUAUUUUGACGAACCAGGGGACCGGUAGCUGUCCACAGAUGCGAUCUCCUGUUGAAUAAUUCUACUAAACGAGAGGUAUGAAAAAAAAUUAAAUGUGCUUAUUGAUAUUCUUGUGAUGACAUCUGUAAGUCACAGAGGAUCACCUUGAUGCCAUGUUGGAUGAAAUUUCGCCAGUAGGAAAGAAUCAUGGAGGAACCAGACGCCAUCAAGGCAAAUGAAUAGGUACAUUAUGAUGAAGAAAUUAUUACACUACUUGGAAGCAGAAAAGGAUUGGUUCAGGAGAAAGAUUUAAUUUACACUUCUAAAGGCUCAAAUUCACAAGACGAAAUCUGGUGAAAUCCGAUGCAGCUGAGUGUUUAUAGUUGGUGUCAUUUGAUCAAUGUCGAGAUCAUAACGCAAACGAAUGUAGUGACGCUUGCUUAGUGGGUUUGGAGAUGCGCACUGAGUCCUGCGUAUGUGGAGCUGAAUUAGUUGAUGGCACCGAUGGGCCUCGAGCUGGACCGAGAGAGGGCGCUCUUUUCUUAGCCAUUGAGGCCCAUUUGGUCUGAACUGAACGACUAGGAAAUGGGCGCGUCAGGGUCGCAUCGCAAACAAAGUGAAUACUCCCAACCAAUAUGAGUCUUGUGAACUCAUGAGGGGGUGCUUCUGUUCGAGUUGGAUACUGAUUGAGCUACACUGCACAAAAGUGGGUAAACUAUCUCAGUGCGGACAUCACAUACUGCAGUACUUGUACUCAUUUUGGAACCACUGUGUAUGCCCGGGCUAACAGAUAUAUUGCAUGAAACAUUGAGGGCGUCCGUAAUUCAUCGUCUAUCGUCUCCAGAUCGAAGAAGUAUGAGGUUUGAAUACCUGAUGCGUUUCACAGAGAAGAAACAAGACCAUUGCGGAAGGACAGUUUCACACCCAGGCGUGGGAACUUGUAAAUAAACAAUAAAUCAACCAAUCAUUAAAUAUUUUAUGUUUUUGAAUAUAUUUCAACGUUGGUCCAAAAGAAUUUUAUUUGGGUUGCGUCGAAGUUUAAAUUUUUAACAAAAUGUUGGUAAGUGUUGGGUGAUUUUUGAUGUAUGAAACGGGCAGGAGGUAAGCUUUUACCUACUGAAAAGAUUAACAAUUUCUGUUACCUUUUUUUCAAAUUUUGGUGUCAAGUGAUCAAUUGGUGUUGAAUAACUAAGCCUUUCAUGACCAGAGUAUACUAGCUGCAUAACUUCGAGUUUUUUGAGGUGAUAAAAUGUACACAGAACAAAUAAAUCCCUAACGUAACGUUAGGGAUUGUGUUUCGAAAAUUAAGUUCAACAUUUCAUGAAAGAUAUCUGAUAAGUUCUCCUCAAAUUUUAUUUCAUCUUGCGGGGUUGUGUAUAAAUAUACCUUCAUGUAAAAAUCAUGAAACGUAAAUUGUAUCUGUUUUACUAGCUUUCAGUAGUAGGUAUCUGGACUUAUUUAAUCAAUGAUUUAGAGCAAGCCCCUAAGACCUUAAGAAGCAAAAGAAGCAGAGGAGAUUUUUUUUCUUAAAUUGAUGCCGUCUUCAAGCAAUAUUAUGCUAUCACAGUUAUAAAAACGUGCCACCACUGAUACCUGCGUACGCAUUCAUGCGGGGGGUUGCUUCUGCCUAAGUGCGCCCUCUGUCGUUUCAGAUCUCUGCUACAGCAUGACAGGGCCGAGCUAUGGUGCUUUCUAAAGUCUUACUAGUAUUGCAAAUUUUCUUUAUGUGUACAGGUUACAAUUAUCAUUUGACGCUGAUUUUCAGUCGUUUCGCGAAUGUUAUUUUGUUUGUUUCCAGUGUUUUGGACUUUAAAUGAUGGAACUGUCGUACGAUUGGGCUUUCACUGAGGGGGAAGUUUUUAACCAAAGAAAACGAAGAAUUAGCCUAAUGUGUAAAUUAAUGUACUUCAUCAGAGGGAGACAUUUCCGACUAACAUUAGACUAGAAAUUUAAAUUGAGUAUUAACGUUUCUUCAGAACUUAAACUUUUACUCGCUUGACUUGCGAUUUUUGUUCUCAGCAUUUUAGUUUUAUUGUUCACAUGUACUAAUGUGGUUUUGGGUUUCAUUAACGAAAUUAAAGUUUGUGGUAACAGCUUCUCACUAAGCAGCUUACGAUUGUGUGAUAGAAUUAUAAAAAGUUUUGAAAUUCAAAUUUGCGUUACUUUAAGAGGGGUCUUUUUAUUAACUGAUACGAGUGUCAGAGAAAGAGUUCUUCCCCCUUCAUGAUUAUGUUUGACCUACUAUGAGAGAUGGAACGCACCUUCAGUGGUACAUAGUUUACAGACAUCCCGGAGGGCGCAUCCAUUUCUUUGGUAGGUUAAGGGGAAGGUUGUAACGUUAUCAUAAGUGUAGUGUUUUACCAGCAGGUCUGAGAUUUAGGGUGUCGGCUCUGGAAAAAGUACAAUUGCAAUCUAACGUUAGGUGGUACAACACUUUUAAAUGCAGUUGGUUUUAUGUUAAAAUACGUGAUAUUUUCAUUUGCGCACUGCUUUACCUAACCUUAAAACGUUUGAUAUAGGCCUCACAUGGCGUCGUGGAGACAUGCUUACAUCUUCGUAAGAAGUCGUCUCUAUUCAAAUACAUCAGUCCGUCCUUAGUGGUGUUCUGUGUGUUUUUGCGUUAGAAGCCACGAGCACAGAUUUUCAUAGGGCCUAUAAUACGCCUGCGCACUUGUAGGACGACGACGAGAACAAGUUAAACUUAUAAAUCCACUGGUUGUCGAUUCGAUUAUGACACCGAGGAAGAACGAGAGCUUGAGUUUGUUAAGGGUUGUCGGUGUAAUGUUGAUGUCAUUUUGUGAGGAUUUAUUUGGAGCCACGAGAAGGGUAAAGGGCGGUUCGGUACUUGCCACGAAGGUGAAUACAAACACAAGAUUGUGACGUCAAAAAUCCAAUUUUCACGAUGUGAAUUCGCAGAAGUUACACUUGCAAUUGUUUUGUGACGUCAAAUUAUAUUUGCCUUCGUGUUCGCCUGAAAUAGUGAACGUAUGCAAUUUCUGUCGAAACUGUUAGAUGAAGGUUCAGAGACAGGACGACGCUUGGUGAUGUUGGUAACCAAGGCAACAUAAUGGCUGUCACUGUAACGAGUUUUGUGGGUGAUAAUUAAUGGAUUAUGACUGUGGUGUGAGAUUAUUGAAGGCAAAAGGGCCGUGACGCUAGCUGUCAAAUGAUUGUGGUGAGUAUGAUUGUGUUGAUUAUCGUGCUCUUGGUGAAUUAUGAAGAAAAACGUUGCGAGGAGUGGUAAUGUUGGUGACAAAAAAGAAAUGAUGACAAGGGCUGUGACUGGUACCGAUGGGAAUGUGAUAAUGAAGAUGACAGUCAUGUGAUCGAUAGGUGAUCUUGAAAAAAAGGUUGAUGGAAUCAAAACUCUUGUCAAAGUUUGUAUGCUGGCAUUGUAGCUUGCGUUGGGUGAUUUGUUUGAGUGAUCAGCAGAUAAUAACAUGAUAGUCUUGACAUAAUCAGUUUCAGGUUAAUGGUCAUGGUGAUGGGAUCAUGACGUCAUGAUGGAAAUGAUUAUUGUGAUUGCAGUUUUGAAAAUACCUUUCACUCAACCAUAAACGGACGCAAAAUUACUUCUCCCACUGCAUCUAGUAAAAUAUGUAGGAUUAUAGAUUUAAUAUGUAAGUCUUGCUAUAUCACAGUUCAGGAAUCUUGACUAAAUAAAACGUUAUGUGUUAGUCUAACGAAAUAACAAAAAUGAAACAAAGGGAUUGAUACAAAUGGGCUUUUCAAAGGAAUAGAAUCUUUGCGACAAAUAUUUUAUCCAACUCUACACAAAUAGUAAAUAGAACACGAGGACGAGCUUUGUUUUGAUAAUAGUAUUUAUUAUGUAAUACGUUACAAUACAUACUUAACUCGAGUUCGCUUUUGUACAAAUUGAAUAUUAUUUACAAUACACGAAAUUUUGGUUUAGUUAAAUUCAUUUCCACGAUUGAAAAAUAUCACACGGAAACCCAUGAAGAUACCCUGUUCUAAGUUGAUAACUCCAACCCCAAGACAAGGACGGAAAAUGAGUAAUGAAUGGACUAGUCUGGGCACAGCCGUGCAUGAAGUAGUCAUGUUUGCUAGCUUUCAUGUGCUGACACCAUUUUGUGCCCAAAGAUUUGCACCCCCCUUGUCGUAACCCUCCUUGCUUAUCAAUGACAACUCUUAAUGCUGUGUUUUUAGUUACAAAGCAUUUGUUACCCCUCAGAUUUCUCCAAACUUUUUAACACCAUGAUAAAAUGUAAUAAUUUAACAAGUGAUAAUGUGAGGUUGUUUAAGUUUAACAAUAUUUAUUUCAAUGGUGUAACUUAUCGAUUUUAAGUAAACAUCCGUCAUAUCGGUAUUAUUUUACUCUAUUUAUCUUUAUUUGAAUAAAUAUGUGGUUAUGAAGAACUAUCAAUCACAAAUUUAUUUCUUAUUACUAUUCACCAGUCAAUAUUUUUGCAUUGCAUUUGAAUAAUUGAUUUAAUAUGUGAAUUUAAUGACACAAUUUUUUUUAUCAAGCAUUUUUUUAAGGUUUAAUGUUUUAAAGGCUACAAAAACUGUGAUGAAUUCAAAAAGGGGAGUAUAAACUCUGGGUUAUAUACACUGCCCUCUAUAGCUCAUGGAUACUAAAAUCUCUAAAAUCUCAAUUUAGUUUAACCACCAAUAGAGGGCCUCGAAAAGCGAUUAUCGAUCGCCAGGAGAAACCACUCAGAAAUUUAAUAGAAAGAAUUACCGCUUCCCCUUACUGCCCAUGGUUUGUAAAUGAUGUUAAUUAUAUCUGUAUUAACAACGCUAGUAACCUAUAGUUUUGGAUAAAUUUGUUUGAAAUAAAACGGAUGGUUAUAAAUAAUA